UUGACAUGUCUUUAGCGGCGAAAGGCGCUGCCAAACAGAACCCGAAGAACGCUACUUGAAAAAGUUUGGUUUAUUUACAUAUACAAUUUUAAACAAAAACGCUAAAAGUAAAAGUUCAUAAUCUCAUCUUUGUACUUGCUAGUAUACACUCAUCUUGGAUUUCGAAACUUGAUUCGUAUACGUCUGAAAAUCCAUUCACUGUAACAUUGCCGCUAUUUGUCGUUCGCCUGUGUACAUCGCUUGUGAGGAGGAGCAAAACAUUUUUAGUCAAUUGAGAAAACUCGGAACGAACGGUAUAAAAGUGUAAACAAACGCCCGUUGGAAGUAUACUAACAUAACACCGAUGAUGGUCCCUAUUGGCGGCCCGGUUGGUCAUGGUGGCCACCAAAUUCAUAUACCAACUCCGAUUCAGAAUGCCCCACCCCAGUCCCAAAAUCAACAUGCGCCUUCCAGCCAGAACCGACAGUCACUCUCAGUGAAACCAAAUUAUACGCUUAAGUUCACUCUGGCUGGUCACACCAAAGCGGUUUCCGCAGUAAAAUUCAGCCCAAAUGGAGAAUGGCUGGCAAGUUCAUCUGCUGAUAAGCUUAUCAAGAUUUGGGGCGCAUAUGAUGGCAAAUUCGAGAAGACCAUAUCUGGCCACAAGCUUGGGAUAAGCGACGUGGCCUGGUCCAGUGAUAGCCGCUUGCUUGUGACGGCCAGCGAUGACAAAACGCUCAAAAUUUGGGAGCUCAGCUCGGCCAAAUGUUUGAAGACGCUGAAGGGUCACACCAACUAUGUGUUUUGUUGCAAUUUUAAUCCGCAGAGUAACCUGAUCGUGUCGGGAUCGUUUGAUGAAUCGGUUCGCAUUUGGGACGUCAGGACGGGGAAAUGUCUGAAGACGUUGCCGGCCCACUCGGAUCCGGUUUCGGCGGUACAUUUCAAUCGAGACGGAUCACUGAUUGUAUCCUCUAGCUACGAUGGACUAUGUCGCAUCUGGGAUACGGCCAGCGGACAGUGUCUCAAGACACUCAUCGAUGACGAUAAUCCGCCCGUUUCGUUUGUUAAGUUUUCCCCGAAUGGUAAGUAUAUUCUGGCCGCUACGCUUGACAACACGCUGAAGCUGUGGGAUUACUCCAAGGGCAAGUGUCUCAAGACGUACACGGGGCACAAGAACGAGAAGUAUUGCAUUUUUGCUAAUUUCUCUGUCACUGGUGGGAAGUGGAUCGUAUCCGGUAGCGAGGAUAACAUGGUUUACAUCUGGAAUCUGCAAAGCAAGGAGAUUGUCCAAUGCUUGCAGGGUCACACCGAUACGGUGCUGUGUACGGCGUGUCAUCCAACGGAGAAUAUCAUCGCAUCGGCGGCUCUUGAAAACGAUAAGACUAUAAAGUUGUGGAAGAGCGACACAUAAAAUUGGGCCCGGAGACAAUUGGGUGGUCGCACGUGAAUGUCUCUGUAGUGUUCAUAUUAAAGAAUAAAAUAACUCGUUCUAAACUGGAAGCUUUUUUGCUUUUAAAUUACGCGCCAUCAAUGAUAUAUUACAAACUAUAAAUGGUAAUGUAAUUUUGUAUCUCGUAAGAAAACUGACUCGAUGUAAGAAAUAUAAAAUAAAUGCUAAGGAAUUUGAGAA